UAUAAUAUCAUGAAAAGAAAUAGCACAGAAAAGUCUUUAAAGCAAAUUAACUCAAGCAGAAGUGUUGAAAAAUUUUAGGUGUCUUAAAACAAAUAGAUAACAAGUUAAUUGCCUCCUCAUUCUAAUAGAAAAUGUUUGAAGGAAAAAAAUAAUAAAGUAGAAACCUUAGCUGAUAAAAAAUAUAUCCUGAGCACAGAGAAAUCAGAGAUCGAUUUAAUUGAAAAUUUAAGAAGCAGUUAGUUAAGUAGCAGUAGAGGUUAAUAAUAGUAUUAUUAAGAUAAGGAAAAUAUAAAUCAUUAAUAAAGUUAAACGAGGAUUUCCAUUUGUGAUAAUGACCAAAAUAAAAAUUUAAGAAGUAGCAGAAGCUCUUCUUCAUUUUAGGAUAAAUAUUAAGAAAUAUUUGUAAAGCUAUCAGGGCAGAAUAAUUUGUAAUAAAUUGAAUGUAGAAAUGAGAGAGAAAAUACAGAUAGGAAUUAAGAAUAGAAUUAUCAACUUGGCUAAAACAAAAAUAAUAUCAAUCAAAUUUCAUCUUAACAUUGUAUAAGUUUCAACCCUUGGUUAUAAAAUUCUCACAAUAAUGCUUUGCCUGAGUAAGACAGAUAAAACAAUUAAUUAUAAUCAACUUAGAUAAGCUCAUAAUCUUUGAAUUUACUCUAAAGCAGUGUUAAUCUAAACAAAAACCAAAAAUAAAUAAAUGAUAUAGAGUAGAGUAAUGAAGAAAAGGGAAAAAAAUAUCUUGAAAACAACUUAUUUACAAGAAUUGAAAACAACACUUAGUAAAAUAAUAUGAAUAAAUAUAAUCAAUUAAAUACUAAUUUUGAUUUAGUAAAUCAUAAAAAUGCAUAAAUUUAAGAUUUAAAUAAAUAGAUUACUUAGUUAAAGAUUUAAAACGAAAAGCUUUAAAGAAAAAUCCUAGAACUAGAAUAUGAAUUAGAAAACUCAAAAAAAGAAAGCUAAAAAUUAGACAACAUUUAAUUUUAGGAAAAAGUAUUGGAGGAGAAACAAAUAAGCAUAAGAAAAAGUGAAUUAGAAAUAGAGGAUAUUACAAGAGAAUUAAAAAUAGAGUCAUAACUCAUUAUAAAGUAGAGGUAGCUUAUUUAGUAGGAUGCUCUUGUAAAUAAAAAAUAGUAAGAAUUAUUAGUAAAAGAAUAAGAAAAAUUAAGCGAAGAGGGGAAAAAGCUAAAGCUGUGGGAGGAGAAAAUACAAGAACAAGACAGACUACUUAGAGAAAAAAUUAUAAAAUUUGAAAAUAGAGACGAAUUAUUGAUUGAAAAAGAAAACUCCUUGAAAAAAUUUGAAAGUUAGAUUGAAUAAAAAAGAAUAUUUGUGCUUCAACUGAUAGAAAGAUUAGGAUAACAUGAUGAGCAGCUAUAUUAAUAUGCAAAAUAAUGUGAGUAGAGAUGUGAAAAGAUUGAUUAGUUUUAGAAUAUACUCUACAACUAGGUAUUACAUCAUGAUGACUUAGAUCUCAGAAUGGAAGGACUUAAACUUAAUGAAAGUAUAUUUUAAAGAAAAAUGGACCUAGAAAUUAGUUCUUGUAUUAAUCAAGUGUAAAAGCUAAAAGAAAAAGAAAAUGACCUCGAAAAAAGGGAGAAAAAUAUUAAAUAAAAGUAAGAGAGAACAUUAUAACAGCAAUAAAAUUAGCAAAAAUUAGCAAAAUCUUUAGACAAACCUAUAUCAUUUAGUGAAUAUUCUAACCUAAAAUAAUAAGGACAGCUUUCAAAAACAUAAAGGGGCUCAAUAAAUAAGAUAUCUUCUCAUGAGACAAUUCCGUAAACUACAUGCUCUUCAUCAUCUAUUUUAUAGGUCAGCUAACAAAACCAAGGAAUUCAUUAGUUACAAUUUAAAAAUAAAAAUAACUAAAAUAAUAAUUAGCAGCAAUACUCUUCUAAAAACUUUAAAAGAAUAUCUCAUCAACAGUAAUAAAAUUAAUCUCUAAACUAGAUAAACUAGUAAAAUGAAACAUGUUAGUAUGAUGAUCAAAAGAGUAAAAGCUCCACAAGAAAAAGAAGAAGCGAAAGUCAUUAAAAUCUAUCAAAUCAAGCAUUAAACAAGAAUUCAGACAGCAAUAAUAUGAAUUUUACUUUGCAAAAUGAUUAGCAGCAAUAAACAACUUUUUUGAGCUUUGAUAAUAAUCUUGAUUUAACAGUUACUCAAAAUUAAAUUAACUAAAACUAAAUAAUAAAGUUAAAUUAGUUUGCUUCUUAAGAAGAUAUUAGUGUUGUGCUUCCUCCAUAGAACUUACAAAGCAAUGGAAUUUUAAUGACUUCAUAUCAUAUUGAUGAAGAAAUUGCUUAUUUUUGCUAAGAAAAUUAAAAAGAAACUGACUAAAUCAAGUAAAUAAGUAUUAUAGCUUCUCCUUAGUAGCAUUACUCGGAAUAGGCUAGACAAUAAUAGACACUAUAAGACCAGUAUUAAACUUUCUAGAAAGAUAAUUCAACUGAAAAUAUUCUUUCUAAGGCAAUAAAUUCUGGGUCUUCUGGAUCAAAGUAAAGCGAGCAUAGAAUAGACUUGAGCAGCUUAUAAACAAAAACAGAUAAUUAAAUCGAUAAAUAAUUAAAUUAAUAGUCUAUGCCCAGUAGCAAUAGCUAAUUUUUAAGUGUAAAAUACCACCAGCCUCUUUAGUAGGCAAGUGUAUUUACAAAUUAGUUCAACCCAUGUUCAAUUGCAAACGAAAUAAUUUAAGAUGACAAUCUCUUAAGUAAUCGAGAUUAUUGUAAUGCUGAUGAACUUGAACUAAUAAGAAAAAAUAGAAAAAUUAAUUAAACCCCACAAACAGGCUCAAAGUAACAAAAACUAGCUAAUGAGCUGCUUCAUUAAAUAUAUUAAAAUAACAAAUAAGAAAAUAAUUUAAUAUGA